AUGCAGUGGCAGCUCGAGCACCACCUCUUCCCCACGAUGCCGCGCUACCGCUACCCGGCGCUCUCCAAGGUGCUCGCGCAGUUUGCGUCGGAGAACGACCUCACCUACCGCGUCACCGGCGAGUUCAAGAUCAUCGGCGACAACGUCGCCCUGCUCAAGAAGAUCGGGCAGGGGCCGCAGCAGCCGGGCAACCCGAACUCGGAGCCCCUCUUCAAGCAGCGUAACUACUAG